AUGGCUUUUCCAAGGAAGCCCUUUGAAGAUCAUAAUCCGUACACCACAGGCCAAACCAACCAGCCUUUUACUUCUAAUUCGAUUCCUAACUCGUCCUCUACUUCGUCACCCAACGCGCCCCACAGAUCUACACUCUACGAUCCAGCCGGCGAGCAGCACAUGCGCCCAGAAUGGGGCGCGAAUUACAAAGACCUCCAAGCACACGCUGCGUGUGACUUCUGUUAUAGACCCUGUAGGCACUGCAGGCCAGAUACGUCUGAGGAAGCAACGACCAAACAAGAAGAGGGCGAUUCUACAAGCCCCGCCGCCGAACUCGAGCACAAAGUCAUGGCUACAGGUCCUGCCCCGAGUGAGGAUUUAAACAUCACCAAACAGCGUGAAGACUACAAGCAUAACUCACCUUCACUUGGUCUACACUCCGAAACACUUCGCCGCCCAUCCCCAACUCGCCUUCAUUCGACAACUCCGCCAGCCACUGCUCCAUUGUUACCGGAUCAACAAGCGAACUCGUCACCACAGGUUCACGAGCUAGACGUUGAAAAGAUCUGGUGGUCGGAAUUCGUGUCAAGAUACCUACAUGAGAAAGCCCAGGCCGAUCCAGAUGGCCUGACCGACGAUGAAAAGGCACGCUAUGUUGCUCAACUCAGCUUGACCAUAGAACGCAACAAAAAAGACAAAUACGACUACGCCAAUCUGUUCAACCAAGACGAACGCGACCUAUGGGACGACAAAGCUCUGCCCCGCGAUCUAAUUCGGAGGCUACACCGAUACAGAACGGAUCUCGAGCGCCUUCCACUUUUCGACGUCACGAUGGAAGAGGAUACAGAAACUAGAAUCGGUGACCACCCAGCGCUGCAGAAGUACUUAGAUUUAAUCGUUGAUCAGCUAUCUGACAGCGAGGAAGACGAGCUGGGGGUUGAUGAGUAUAGUGAUACUCAUAGCGAUUGGGGCAGUUUGUACACUGGCGAGGGCAAGACAGAAACGUGA